GGCUCAAAGCUUUUCACCACCUUGCGUAAGAAAUGACAGCGGCAACCAAUUCCAUUUAACACCUGCCGCCAACAAGGAGGUGGUGGUGGGCGAGUGAGCGCCAGGAAGAGGCCAGAAAUGCCGCAGGUGUCUGCGCGGGGGCUGAACCUGUGAGGGGCAGCGAGCGGAGAGGGCCGCGUUGUCAGCGGUUGGGGCGCCGCUUUGAUGAAGGGUGGGCCGCAUGGGACUGUUACUGGCUCAGUUUUUUGCCCAGGCAGCACAUCCUGAGAAGGUGGCGGGGAAGGAGCAUCCUUUCUGGUUUUAGUCAGAUUGCUCAGGCUUACCACUAUACUAGACUUCAACUGCUUCUGCCCAUAGUCAUCGCCACUGUGUUAUAAGCAGAGACAAAAUGUCAUGGGUACAAUCUGCAAUCAGCCAGCAAAGCGAAGAUGUGUUUGAUGAAGAUGCAGAUGACAUGGACAUAGCUCAAAAAGAAUGGAAAAGUGCCAUGGAGAAACGAGUCAAAGAAGGUUAUAGGGAAGGAAUUGAAGCUGGCAAAUUGCUGACACUUCAACAGGGUUUUACUCAGGGGUAUAAAGAAGCAGCAAGGAGGAUGAACUCCUGUGGCCAACUCAAAGGAACUAUAAGUGCUCUUUCAUCUUGGUGUCACCACAAUGGAUGUAGUUCUGUCAUGUUGAAUGAGAUGACUGACCUCCUGAAUGAAUUAAGAAAAUAUGAAGAAUACAUGUUUAGGGAUCUUAACAGCACCCAUCUGCAGCCCCAAGUUGAAGACUUGCUGGAUACUAUCGAGGGCAUGGACCUUGAUUAUGCCCUCUCACCUGCGAAACAGUACAGUGGAACUGAAUUCUGUGAAAAUGGCACAGAGUUUAGUGAACAAUAUUGCAGAAAUGAUAGUGGGACUGAUUCUUUCCAAGAUGAACAUUGCAGAAGAAGAAAAGAAGGCACUGACUACAAAGGCCCAACAUUUACUUGCCUAAAAGAAAAAAUUGUCAAUUUAGUGGAACAAUUAGGUUUGUCACCAGACACAAUUGAUCACAUCCAACUAUUGCAAAGUUAAUUCAUUAUGUGAAAUGGAAUUUAUGGAAACUAUUCUUUUCCCAUAGAAAUACAGCUACCUCAGUAACUUACUGAUAUGCAGAGACUUCAAAUAUUCCUUAAAGUGCCCUUUAUGUCAUAGGUAAAAUCAUGUGAUAUUACAGUCAUUGCUUCUGUUUUAAUUUGUUCACCCUAGUAGGUAGGAUUGUGCAUCUUUAAAAAAAAAAAAAAAGGUUAAAGGUCUCUUAGAUGGGAAAAUGCUAUGCCCAAAUUUAUAGCAAGCUGUAGUUUUAUCAUCUUUAUGCUGAAUCCGUUUUUAAAAUCCUCUCCUCUGAGAAGGACAAGUUCUGAACCAUUUCUCAAAGAAAGUUAAUGUUAAAACUUAUGGAAACAAGUGGAAAAUACUGUUUGGUCUAAAGUGUGCCAAAAGAAACAGUUAUACAAACGGUGAUGCCUACAUUGGUUCAGUUCUGCUAAGCAGGCCUCAUUCCUUAACAACUGGUGUGUCUACUCACCUUCUCCCUUGUUUAAAACUUCCAACAGUCACUAGCCAUACACUUUCAGCAUUUUGUAGAUGCCAGGCUAGACUUAAAAUUGUUUUCUGUUGGAAAUUAGUAUUGCCUUAACAAGCAUGCAUACAAGUUUACUGUAAGAAUUAACACACAAGUUUGCCACUAGGGCUUUUACAAAACACAGACUAUUCUACAGCUUUGUUCAGCCCAUGUUUUAAAAAACUAAAGAGAUUUCUGCUUGGCUCUGUCUUUCAGUGUGUAAUAAUAUUAAGUAAGAUCACAUACUUAAAGGCUGAAACUGCUCUUGUAAGUUAUGAAUUAAAUGUGCUUGGAUAUAGUGGAUUUAUUCCAAGUCAUCAUGAAGAGGAUCAGCCUGGAACUAUCUGGUCGAGAGCAAGGGCUGCUAAUAACUAGACAAAGAGUUUCCGUGAUGGAUGUUUUCUGGAUAUCUGGUAUCUGCAUAUAGGAUCUUGGGUAGUUAGAAGAGAGCUUAGGAAGUCAUCUAGUCCAGAGUUAAUACAUAUUCUGUCGUCAUACUAGGAAUUCCAUAGGGUCAUUUGCUGCCCUUUGCUCUAGUAUAGCUACUAACACUUGAAGUCUACAUAGUUCAGAUCCAGAGAAGUGUUUAUAUGCAUGACACACAUACAAACAUGUAAGAGCCCUAAGUCCAUCUUACAUGUAGAGCAAGAUGAACAUAUUCUCUAUACCAGGGGUUCCCAAACUGGUUCAUAAAUUUCAUUCAGGCGGUCCACGGCUUGUCCACAUUAAAUAUAUUGAUGUUUAAUUUACUUGUAUUGCUUCUUUUAUUUCUUAUAUUUACAAUUUAAAGUCUAUGGAAUUCAAAUUUUAGUACAAUAAAAUAUAAGAAAUAACAGUAGUAAUACAAAUACAAUUAAAAAUUAUACAGCAUCUAGCACAAUGCUCUAAAAUUGCUAUGACAGAAAAGUAUUAACUGGUCUGUCAAAACCAUCAGCAGUUUUCAAGUGGUCCAUGGGGGGAAAAAGUUUGGGAACCAUUGCUCAAUACCAUGGCAGAUUUCAGGAGAGAGAUUAGCACCCCUUGUCCAGUAGAGAUUGAAGACAGAAAAUAGUGUAGUUAUGGGUGAGGGAUGGUUGACAAAUGUUUAACUGUGGUGUGUAGAACAUUCUUGUAUCUCUUAAUUUUAAUUAUGUAACCCAACUAGAAAUAGUAAAUCAAGACUAACAGUUACAUUAGCAAGACAUUUGUAAGUACAGAUAUGCCCCUGGGGUAUCCUAAGCAGAGAAUAAAGGGUCCCAAGAUCCUAAUAUAGUAGCCUUUCAUAUGCCCAUCUUCCAUGUGAAAAUGAAAAGACUAGAGAUGUUUCAUUGCCUUAAGCUUGUCAGUAGUAACUAAAUCUGUAAACCUUGAACUGCCCACUUAUGCAUUCCCAAUAUGCAACAUUUUUUGGGGGAUUAUCCAAGUCCAAUUUCUACAAUGGCCUGCAGUGAACUGCAAUGAAUGUCCCUUGUGAGAAGUACAAUAUCCUUUUGAAAAUUACUGAAUUGUCCUUGAAACCCACCCCUUUUAAGUAAUUUCUUAAAUAUUGUAACAAAUUUCAGUGUCUUAAGUAUUAUAUUUAUCCACCUCAGUUAAUUGUUUCUAUUCAAAUACUAGAUGAAAUCAAGUUUUUAUCCUUUAUAAACCACCUACAUUUUC